CCUGUUUUAUAGAUAAUGCCUCAUACUGACUGUGGUGUGUGUGUGUGUGUGUGUGUGUGUGUGUGUGUGUGUCAGACGGUGAGUCCCGCAGCAGGGGAACAUCCUCUCCAGUAUAACUAUACCUUGUGGUAUUCCCGGAGGACUCCGUCCCGACCCGCCAACACACAGAGUUAUGAACAGAACAUCAGACAGAUCGGCACGGUCGCCUCGGUGGAGCAGUUCUGGAAGUUCUACAGUCACCUGGUUCGACCGGGAGAUCUGACUGGCCACUCUGACUUCCACCUGUUUAAAGAGGGAAUCAAACCCAUGUGGGAGGAUGAAGCUAAUAAGAACGGUGGGAAGUGGAUCAUCAGGCUGCGGAAAGGUCUGGCCAGCAGGUUCUGGGAGAACAUUAUUCUGGCCAUGUUGGGAGAACAGUUCAUGGUGGGAGAGGAGAUCUGUGGGGUGGUUCGCUUCCAGGAAGAUAUCCUGUCUAUAUGGAAUAAGACAGCCAGCGAUCAGGUGACGACAUCUAGAAUCCGAGACACUCUUCGACGCGUCCUGAACCUCCCUCCCAACACCAUCAUGGAGUACAAGACACACAACGACAGCCUCAAGGAUAAUUCCAGCUUCCGCAACACAAAGAUCACCCUGUGAAGCGAUGGAGGACAGAAGGAGGGGAGAGACAGAAGAGACGGAGGAG